AUGGAGGCGUGUCCAGUAUGUGGAGUUCUCAUACAUCUUCACUUACUGGAGGCACACGUAAACAGCCACUUCGACGAGCACCCUGGACUUACCUCCCACAUAAACGAGCCCGAUAUUCCCACGGCGCGAUGCACGGUGUGCGGGGCACUGGUGCCUCUGGUGAUGCUGGACAGGCACGAGCGAGACCAUGAGAGCGCCUCUGCUGCCACUGCUGCCUACAACCCGCCGGCGCCGCUGCCUCCGGCGGCAGCAACUUCAUCGUCUCAUUGCCUUCCCUCCAUCAUCUGCCCGUACGGCUGCGGCCAGUGGAUCCCGGUUUCGGAGCUGGACAGUCAUGAGUUGGCGCACGUGAUGAUGGCCGAGGGGGGACAGGGGCCGCCGCUGGCGCCAGUGGGAUUUGGUCCUGGUCCUGGCCCUAGCGAUAUUGGCGGCGGAGAUGAUGAGUGGAUGCAGGCGGGUCUCGAUGAUUCGUACUUGUACGACGACACGGACGAGUUGUACGACACGGCAGCUGCAUCUGAGGCUGCUGCUCGGCGGCUUCAGGAGGAGCAGGAUUUUGAGGCCCUGAGGGCCAAAUACGGCUUCAGUGAUAAG